GUGGAUCCUCCAAAGCACCAGGUGAGCGGCGGGUUUUGCGCCCAAAAGCAUUGAUCCAGAGUAUGUAUGCAGAGCUUGUUCCUAAAGUCAUACGGCAAACUUGAGUUUUUUGCAGUUACUGUAGAUGUAUGUAAGCAGGACUCAUUUUCAGGGUUCUUCUGUGGAUCAGGUUGUGCACUGGAAGGCUUGCUGCAAGGCCUCGCCUCUGUCGCCAAGGAAGCCAGCGACGAUCUGGGCCCCGGUGCAGCGCAGGAAAAGCUGGUGUCCCAUGCUGUGAAGGUGAAUGUCUUUAACUCCAUGAACUUCUUGCUGCAGUUCAGCGAGCCGAUCCGUGAUCUCGUGAGUAAAGGAGAUCUGGACAUCCAGGGCGGCAUCUACCACUUGGAGACGGGCCGGGUGGAAUUCCUUGGUCGCUCUCCUCGUCAAUCCGAGCUCUUGUCUUCCAAGUUGUCUCUGCCUCCGUCGAUGGCAGUGGGAACUGUCCGCACCUCCCAGGAUGGUACCCUUGAAGCAAAGGUGGCUCUGAAGAAUCUCAAGGAGGGAAAUGCACGCUUUGUGAAAGGUGCUCCUAUUGCCAAGGUGGACAACAGCAUGCGAGAAGCCCUUGCACUGAAGGGUCAAGCACCCCACACUGCCCUGGUUGGCUGCGCUGAUUCGCGUGUGCCUUUGGAAACCGUCUUCGAUGCUUUGCCAGGAGAUUUGUUUGUUCUGCGCAACGCGGGCAACACCUGCACACAUGCAGAAGGCAGUAUCUUGGGCAGCCUUGAGUUUUGCACUGGGGC